UGUUGCAACUGCGUCGCUUUGUAGCGGAGAAGAUUCGCAGGUUCGAGGAAGAUCACCUUAUGGGCGAGGAGAGCAGUUUGACGGCUGCACUUGUGGAGCAUCAUGCCAAGCUGGUGAUGGACGAGGCCCGGGUCCAGUCGGCGAUCCAGACGGCCAUGCGCAGCGCGCUGCAGAACGGCCGCGAGGUGGUUGAGCUAGAGGCUAGGGAGGCAGUCAAGAUGGCUGCGCCCGACGAGAUUGUCGAGGUUGUCGAGGUCGGAGAUGAUUCCGAUGCCGAUGCCGAGGAGGAGGGCAACGAGCUCGAGGCUUCCACGCUAGACAAGGAGGAAGAGGCGCUGCUGGGCGAUCUGUUUGCCUCGUUUCUGCAGCGCAAGCGUACCAGCGAGUCACCGGCGUCGUCGGCUCGAGAGGUCCAUCGGGUGCGGCGCAAGGUGCGGGCGCGAUCGGCCCGGCUUGACGACACCUUUACGUCUCCGGCACGGCCGUACUUUGAAGUUCAUCCCGACCAGGUGUGAGGCGGGCCAACACGGCUUUAUAGUUUACGGCGAGGCCAUGACAUUCCAGACCUCAUUGUCGUCGUCGUCGCCGUUGCCACCAGCGCUGCCGUUCUCAGGCACACUGCUUGAUGGCGACAUGCCCGGCCCGGUGUGGCCGUACUCGGCGGUGACAUCGAGGGCGGUCGGGGUGAUGAGCAUGGCAACCGGCUCCGGUUCGUCGACGACGGCUGGUGGGUGCUGCGGAGAGACCGAAGGCUCGGUGCCGAUUUGGUUGGCCUCGUAGGUGCUUGCGUCGACAAAGACGGCGGUGGUGGUGCCAGAC